CAAAAGCAGACAAACUGACAAGGAGCAGGUGACAACAGCAGGUUUUAAUAGUGGCUCGGGUAAUGAGGUAAAUGGGAACAGGUGUGUGAGUGGGCAGGGAAGCACAAGUGAUUGAAGAUAGGAAAGAGUUAAAAAGGUGGGUAUGGAGACAGGAAUAAAAGUCCGGGGAUAUCUUGUGGGCGGCUGGAAAAUGGCAAGUCUGGGGAGAUGAAGGGACAAACAUGUCCAGGGAGAAGUUCCGUCUGAGUAGGAGGUGGCAACAAAAGACCAAAUGCCAUGGAUGUAUUCAAUUUCACCUACUGGAAUGCCUCUGAAGGCAAUGACACAGGAGUUGCGGAAGAGAGUGAAAGCGCCUACAAGACUGUGGAGGUCGUGUUCAUCGUGUUGGUGGCUGGUUCCCUCAGUUUGGUUACAGUCAUUGGAAAUAUCCUGGUCAUGCUUUCCAUCAAAGUUAAUAGGAACUUACAGACCGUCAACAACUAUUUUUUAUUCAGCCUUGCAUGUGCUGACCUAAUUAUCGGACUGUGCUCUAUGAACUUGUACACAGUCUACAUAGUAAUAGGCUACUGGCCCCUGGGGCCAGUGGUGUGCGAUCUUUGGUUAGCCUUGGACUAUGUUGUCAGCAAUGCAUCUGUCAUGAAUCUUCUCAUCAUAAGCUUUGACAGAUAUUUCUGUGUCACCAAGCCCCUCAGCUACCCUGUCAAAAGGACCACCAAGAUGGCAGGAAUGAUGAUUGCUGCAGCCUGGGUCCUGUCUUUUAUCCUGUGGGCACCCGCCAUUCUCUUCUGGCAGUUCAUUGUUGGUGGGCGGACUGUGCCUGAGAAGGAGUGCUACAUCCAGUUCUUCUCUAAUGCUGCCGUCACUUUUGGCACUGCCAUUGCCGCCUUUUACCUGCCUGUCAUCAUCAUGAUUCAGCUCUACUGGCAGAUCUCUAGAGCAAGCAAAAGCCGUGUGAAGAAGGAUAACCGCAAGCCAUCAGGGGCCAACCCAGAACCCCUGUCACCUGGUCAGAGGAGGAACAACACACCGAAACCGAACAACAACAAUGUACCAGGGGAGGACGCAGGGUGUUCCCAGAACCAGAAUGCUGAUGAUGGGACCAACCAGCAUGAUGGAAAACUGCAAAAUGGUAAAGGACCUUCCCCAAACACUGCUGAGGGAGAAACCGAAGGUGAUGAUGUGGCGAGGGAGAACUGCGCUCCUGGAGAAGAGAAAGAGAGCUCCAAUGACUCAACAUCCGGCAGCGUGGCUGCGUCCAACCAGAAAGAUGAGGAGGCAGCGCCAUCCACAGCCAACUCCAGCAUUGAGACAAGUCAGCCACCCCCACGUCAGCGAGCCAAGGCAGGGGGUUCCAAGCUGACCUGCAUCAAGAUCAAGACUAAAUCACCCAAGGGUGACUGCUACACACCAUCCAACACCACCGUUGAGAUCGUACCGGCCUCAGAGCGGCAGAAUCACGUGGCGCGAAAGAUAGUGAAGAUGACUAAGCAACCCCCCAACAAAAAGAAGAAAGCAGCGCCAUCACGUGAGAAAAAAGUGACCCGCACCAUAAUGGCCAUCCUGGUAGCUUUUGUAGCCACCUGGACUCCUUACAAUGUGAUGGUACUUAUUAACACCUUCUGCUCCAGCUGCAUCCCCAACACAGUGUGGACUAUUGGUUACUGGCUGUGCUACAUCAACAGCACCAUCAACCCAGCCUGCUACGCUCUGUGCAAUGUCACAUUUAAGAAGACAUUCAAACAUCUUCUUCUCUGCCAAUAUAAAAAUAUUAGGUCAGGCAGAUAA